UCUUCAUCACCAUCAUCAUUCAAUACAUUUCUCUAAUUUCUCUUUAGCUAGCAAAUUAAAUAUUCUUGCAAGAUGGCUAAGUCACUUGCCCUCUUUCUUUUAUUCAAUAUCCUUUUCUUCACUGUGGUGAGUGCAUGCAACACUUGCCCUGGCCCUAAACCAAAACCAAAGCCAAAGCCAAAGCCAACGCCAAAGCCAUGUCCCCCUCCUCCUUCAAAAGAAGGCAAAUGCCCAACUGAUGCCCUAAAAUUAGGUGUUUGUGCUAACGUGCUUAACGGUUUGUUGAAUGUAACACUUGGAACUCCACCCGUGAAACCAUGCUGCAGUCUUAUAGAAAAUCUUGUAGACUUGGAGGCUGCUGUCUGCCUUUGCACUGCACUUAAGGCUAAUAUUUUGGGAAUCAACCUUAAUCUCCCUAUUUCCCUUAACUUACUUCUCAAUGUUUGCAGUAAGAAGGCUCCAAAGGGCUUCACUUGUCCCUAGACGAUUCUCUAAUUUCUUUUUUGUUUCUGAAGUUCGUUUUUAAUAUUCAUUUCUGUAGCAGUUUGUGAUGUUGUAUUUAUCUCCUGCACUAAACUUCUCGUUAGGUGCAAGGUUGUGAUUUGUUUCGGAUUGCUAAUGGUCGGAAAGACGACUGUUUAUGUGCCCUUUGGAAAUAAAUAUAUUUCUAUUAGUAUCA